AUUGGAUCUUAUGAAACGUCAAAAACCGUUCAAAUGGCGCGCUUUGUUAUGGCAUGAAUUUAUCGUGAAUUUAAUUUAUUUUGUGACGAUAAUAGUGGAAUUAUAGUAUUAGUGUGUGCAAUAAGUAAAAACAAUGGCGUCUAACAACAAAACUUUGUAUCUAAUUGCAACCAAAUUGGGUUUGGGCGAAGAAGAAAAAGUUUUAAAGAAAGCCGCAGAGUUUGAGAGACUGCUGCAGACAAAGAACAUGGCAGGCAGCAAUAUAACAGAUACCAGUAAAAUUGUCAUCUGUUUGGACUUGGCUGCUAGUGUUUUGGGAGCGGAUAUAGAUAUUAAAUCUGCAGUAAAAUACUCGGGACUCAAGACCUCAACUUAUACUAACACAAAGAAGGUGGUGCAAAAUCUUCUGGAGCUGAACAGUGAUAGACUGACCACCACCAUGCUGUGUCUCACGCUGCAGUGCACCGGAGUACAGGACCUCGCUGACAGGAUACUCGCAGAGUACCAGCGGCAGGCUAAAGUGGAAGUGGACCUAAACCUGCCCCAGUAUGUCUGUAUGGCUGUUUAUCAAGCUUGCAGGCUAAAUAAAGUGAAAGUACCAAAGAGUAAGAUAGUAGAGAAGUCAAGACUGAAGCCUGCACAGUGGACCAAGCUAGACGCCGACUGGACCAAGUUCACUGACCUCCACUUCGAAGCCGCCAAGAAGAAGGGAAGACAAACUAAGAAAGCUGCUGAAAUUGCGGAAAAUGAAGAUUUAAUGGAGGUUGAUAUGCCUAAAACAGAUGAGGUUUUAGAAGAUAAAAUAGAGUCUUACGAAGACUGGAAGCAACGUAUGUUGGAGGCUGCGUAUAAAGAGUUGAAGGAACUAGAGAAAAAUGAGAAGAAAAUUGUGACCCCAAGAAAGUCGCCUCGGAAGACCCCACAAAAGUUUGCCCCCUACAAGAGUCCGGUCAAGACAAAUGGCGUAAGAUUAUUAUUUCCUCUAGAUGUAUGAUUUAAAUUGUAGGUUAUUUUAUUAUUUGUUUGUAAUUUAUUUCGACUCCGAUUUUUUUUAAGUAAUGGAUUGACAUUUUUAGUUUUUUUUUUUUUUUAGUUAGUAAUGAAUUGUAUUUUAAGUUAGUUUUCGUAAUUAUAAUUUUGAUUUAGUAU